GAGAAUAUCUCAGUGUUAUGUCGGAGGUCAGUCCGAGUAGUUGAUAUUUAGAGAUUCAAUGUCGUUUUAAGAUAUCUGGAGGUCCGCUGCACGGCGAUGCUGCUUCGAGUAAUAUUGGUUGUGUCGUUAGCGGCUACUGCCUGCUGCCAAACUCUGAACCUGUCUGUGGGUGAGGAGUGCAACCAACAAAGCGGUGCAACAGGAGUCUGUCGCCGUAUUACUGAGUGUGAUCACAUUAGAAAUGAUAUCAAUCGACGCGUCAUACCUACUAUUUGCUCGUUCGACAGGAAUGACGCUGUUGUGUGCUGUGUUGACAGUGGGGCACUGCCCCCGCCCGCGAUUACAGCGAGGACUAGAAUACCGAGGACUACUACUACGUCAGAGGCACCUGUUAGAUCCCUGACACGACAGACGUGCGACGUUCACACUCCGACAGGACGAAAGGCGUAUGACAAAUGUUGGGAAUACCAGCAGAGGCUGGUGAAGCCAUGUCAGCCGAGCCCGCUGCCCAACGGUGGGAUGGUGCGCGUGAACCACUGCAACUGGAAGGCUGAGGAUCUGAUCACCGGCGGAAAGGACGCUUAUGAAGGAGAGUUCGCUCACAUGGUUCUCCUUGGGUACGGCACCCCGGCCGUUCAUUGGAUUUGUGGAGGAGUGCUGGUGAGCGAGCGAUUCGUGCUGACAGCAGGGCAUUGUACGGUCGCCAGGGCUCUUGGGAAAGUACAGAAGAUCAAGGUGGGGAUCCUGGAUCGGGAUCAGCCGGCUGGUGAGGACCAGGUGUACGGCGUGCUGACGAUCAUAAAACAUCCAGGGUACAAGGCGCCGCACAAGUACAACGACAUCGCCCUGCUAAAGACCGACCGAGAGAUCACUCUCAGCCGCUACGUGGUGCCAGCCUGCCUCCACGACGGGUCCUCCGUAGAGAGCACGGCCGUGGUGACGGGCUGGGGCUCCACGGUGUUCAGACGAAAAGUGCUGGCCCAUGUACUGCAGAAAGCAACGGUGACCAUGUUUGAGGACAAGAUAUGCUCCGGCCGGUACGGGAUAAGUCGACACAUGUCCUCCGGAUACAACUCCACCACCCAAAUGUGCUACGGAGACAUGAAAUCAAACCAGGACUCCUGUGAGGGUGACAGCGGCGGACCUCUCCAGGUGAAGCACGCGGAGGUCCAUUGUAUGUACAACGUUAUCGGGAUCAUCUCGUUCGGCAAGUGGUGCGGGUUCACCGGAGAACCUGGCAUCUACACCAGGGUGGCGCCCUACCUGCCCUGGAUCGAGAGCACGGUGUGGCCGGACCAAUAAAUACUUAUGUAAAGAUUCCAAUCUUUCUCAAGUGACAUCUAUGUGACUUCUUAAGGAAUAAGUAUUUCAUACUAGUAAUUCUCUUAACAAAUAUAUUAUAAUAUAGCUAC